AUGAAAUUGAAACUUGGACAGAUGGUGUACGUCGCGGAAUAUGGUUUACUGGACGCCUACGAUGUGAUAAUGGGAGAUGACCUUCUCGAUGAGCUUCCUACUAUUGCGCUUAAUACCAUUCCAGUCGCAGCGGCCAUGACCAGUAGGUCGAAAAGAGCCAACGCUUCCGAGGUUCGAUAG